AUGGCGGGGAAAGCGGAGGGGGGAGAGAGCUCUCGGUCCCAGAUUUCACCUUCGUCGUCACCGCCGCAUCCACCCCUCCUACCCGUCAGGGUACGUGCGAGGGGGUCGGAUCCGUUGCUGAUCGUGUGCGGAUGCUUCCGCUUGGUGACGGCGGCCGUGUCGCUUCUCUGCGUCGCCGUUAACGUCCUUUCGGCUGUCCGGUCAUUUAAGAAUGGGAACGAUGUGAGCAUCUUCUCGUCGCUACGAGAUGAAAGUCACGUUCCCUGCGAGGAACCUGUUUUUUGUUAUGGAUUGGUUUAAUUGUCUGCUUUCCUGUGUCCUUCCUCGUACAGAUUUUCGACGGUAUCUUUCGAUGCUACGCUAUUAUUCUCGCGCUGUUCGUGGCUGUUGCGGAGACGGAAUGGCGGUUCAUUUUGAAGUUCUGGAUGGUCUGCUUUGAAUUUAUACUUUGAUUUUUCCAUUCAGAUUUCCGAAACUCGUUGUUACUAUCUAAAUCGAAUUUCUACCAUCGAGUGCUGUAGGUACUUGAAUAUUGGGUCGGCAGGGGAAUGCUUCAGAUCUUGUACGUACUUCUUCAAUACCUCUGUGACGUUAUGUUUUUUUCCUUGUUUGUGUUUGCCAGCGCCCCCAUUUGAUAAUCCUUCCCUGCAAGGAGCAAGUGUGUUGUAUCUCCUGCUGAUCAUUCAAUGAAUACCACCUUUCCCUUUUCAGUGUUGCCGUGAUGACCCGAGCCUUUCCUGACCUCAGCGGAAAACGGAAAGAUCUAGUACUGCUUCAGCAGAUUGCCAGUUAUAUUCUUCUUGCUUGCGGCCUGACCUAUGUGAUAUCAGUAAGUUCAUCCUACGGCCUUCAAAAUGGAUUCCCAAUGGUCUAUGCCCUCAUAAUAAUGCAGGAUGAUGUAACCUGUGUUGAGUUACAUGUGGAAAGUUAGAAGUUCUCUUUGAUUUGUAGGCUUGGCUAGGUUCAUGUUCAUUAAAUUGAGUGCGCUCGAACUAAUUUUUUGAGUUUCCCCCUCCUCAAGGGACCUCCCAUGGGAAAAAAUAGAAGGUGCCUAGUGGAAAUUUUAUUGGGUAAUAGUAGGUAUGAAAUGAGGAAUGUAAUUUUUCAGGGUUUCCUAUGCAUCGGAAUCCUCAAGCGUGCACGUGAGCGCAAGAAGAUUACAAGAGAGCAAGUUGCUAACGAUUUGGAGGUAAAAUCUAAAUGCCGACGUCUUAUCUCAUCUAUGUAUAAUUUUGCGUGGUGCAAAUUGGAGUUUGAAUCAGUUUCAACAAAUCUAUCUAGUGUGACCAUUGGUUGACAUUAUUCUCAUAGAGUUUGUGCUGAGGUAAGUCUCUGAUACGAUCCUCUAUGGGAGGAUCAAAUCUGAACGAAAUAGAAAGGCAAAAUACUUGUAUUGAACUCAUGGACUCUCGUCAGUGACAAGAGACAAAGCGUUGGGAUGACAGUGUAUUCAGAUAACAAGAAAGAAAAGGGAAAGAAGAGUGAAGGAAGAGUAAAGGAAGGGAGGAAAAUGUUCCUACCUGACCCCCUCGUGCUACAUUUAUGCCCCCCAUGUCACGUGACGAGCACGUGACUCCUUCUUACAGCUAUAGGUCGGUAGUGGGGUCCUAUCAUUACUCCCCCCUUCCCAACUCACUUAGUCCUCUAAGUGAAAUUCUGGAAAUUGAUGAACAAUAUUGCGAGCGAGCUCUCACUGCUGGAUUCAAUGAUACCUGUGCUGUAAAUAGCAUCCAUCCCUCUACUGUUUGAGCCUCCUCCUCCUUGGAAUCAUAUAAGAUGUCGUCACUAGUUCCAUGGUCGUCUUCAUGAACGAUCAGAAUCUGUAGUUAUUUCUUGCAGUGAUAUUCCGGGCCAAUUUUUUUUUCACAAUGAUAAUAAAGUACCUUUUCAUGACGACUUUGAUAUUCUUCAUCAGUGAGAGUGAUCAGCUUACGGUAUUGGUUAUCCUUCCCUGUCACUUGAGGUGAGGAAUUAUUCUUGGGCUUCUAUCUCAAGAAAGAAGACACAUUCGUACUCUUUUCCUGAUCACUAGGUAGUGAAGGUAGAUGACUGUUACCAACCUUAAAUGACGUAGAACAACUUUGCUGAUAAGAUUUGGGCAGGUGAUUAUCCCAAGCUUCCCAUAAGGUGCGAACACGUUGCUCUGCCUCCAUUAAUGUGUCCAUUAUUUCUAUCAGUCGUACGGGACUCAUGCGAGGCAAUUUCGCUUGAACUUCUGGUUUCAGACCUUUGAUAUGUGUAUUCUCCAUUACAACAUCUUGGAGUUUUGGUAGGUAAGUAGAUAAAAGUUCAUAUUCUGCUCUAUAUUCUUGAAUUGAGUGUUCCUGGCGGAUAUUUAGAAAUUUGUAAAAUAUGUUGCCUGCUGUAGAAGUGCAAAAGCGUUUUCCCAAUUGAAUUCUGAAGUCCUGUCAGUUGUGGAAAGGAUAUCUUUCAUCCUUCCAUAGGUAUCAUUCUAACGCCAGGCCUUCGAGCUUCAUCAUUGUCAUCUCCAGUUGGUCUCAUUCCUGUACUUUGUUUAGUCUGAAAAAUCUCUCAGUACAUCUUAACCAGUCCUCGGGAUUUUCCCCCCGGAAUACUGGUAUUUCCCUCUUUUGAGUGAAAUGGACAACCGUGUGACCAGUUGUAGUUUCAUUUAGAAUAUCUUCUUAGGAAAUGAAGGGAGGUUGUACCUCAGGUCGUGAUGCUGACUACUCUGAGCGAAGUGAUGAUAUCGGCUGGAGAGUAGAGUGUUCCUUCGUCUCCAAAGCAUCCAAUCUAGCACAUACCAUCAGUUGAAACUGCUGCAUAUUUUGUAGGAGUUGCCAGAUCAGAUCCGUGGAUUCUUUCCUUGAUUUCUGCAUAUCGUCGACCAUCCUUUGUUGAUCUGCCUGUAGGUUCUGAUUGUGUGCUUCUAGGGCUUCAAAACGGGCAUCCGAUAUCUUCGGCAUCAUGGUGUCUAUCAUCACAAGAUCGUGGCUCUGAUACCAAUGAUACGAUCCUCUAUGGGAGGAUCGAAUCUGAAUGAAUUAGAAGGGCAAAAUACUUGUAUUGAACUCACUGACUCUCGUCAGUGACGAGAGACAAAGCCGGGAUGGCAAUCUAUUCAGAUAACAGGAAAGAAAAGGGAAAGAAAAGGGAAAGAAGAGUGAAGGAAGAGUAAAGGAUCGGGAAAAUGUUUGAGAGGUUUCCCCGCCUCUCCAAAAUACGAUGUUCCUCCUUGACCCCCCCCUUCUCGUGCUGUAUUUAUACCCCCUGUCACGUUACGAGCACGUGACUCCUUACACCUUCUAUAGGUCGGUAGUGGGGUCGUAUCAGUCUCUUCGGAUGUCAAUCUUGGUUUAUCAAGAUUAGAUGUGUUAGGCAGCAGAAUGUGUUCCUUAUGGAAUGUUCAUACCAAUGAGAUACCUUCCAGAUGUCCCUAUUGUAAAAAAAAUUCUUCAGGAGUUGGUUGAAACUAUCAGGCAUACACUCUACUAUAUAUCAUCACGUCAUUCACUUUUCAUAGUGCCCUAGGUUUCACCAACUUGUGAGAACUCCUCCUUCGUCAGCGUCAGUGGGUACCAUGAAGAUAAAAUAUAAUGCCAGCGAAGCUGGAGAGUCAUGUGAUCUCGAGUGUCUGGGAGGCACAGAAGAUUGCACCAUACACAUGCAGGGUAUCCAUCUUUUAUGUUCCCACCCAAUAACUGGAGAUGGUCUUUGACAAUUUAUGAAAACCUUUCCUGUAAUGAGAUCGAUCGUUAUUGAGUUCUCAAGUAAAGUUGUAAUCCUGCAGCAGGUUUUCUCGAAUUAGUGUGCUAUUUAUAUAUGAUCACAUCUUCUCUUAUCUAAUUUUAAGAAAGGGCGAACCCUUCCGGGGAACAGAGCACCUUAAGGAUUCCAAAAUGUUGCAGAAAAGAAGACUAGAUUUCGAGAAGUUUAGGGUUUUCCGCUGUCUUUGGUGUGUUUGGCUUAUCUACUUCACUCACACUGAUUCUAACGUUCAUGCAACAACAAUACAGGAACUGGAGCGGCGCAGGGAAGAACUUGAAUCCCUGCUAGGAGCUGAAAAUCCCUGA